AUGUCGAGGUUCGAGGACAAAGUGCCUACGGCCUCGGUGCGUUCCGCCAGACGCAGCAUCCAGGCGAUUCUCGACUCCAUAGAUGACCUGCUGGCGCUGGUGCCACAGAAGGAGCAGGAGGCGGCUCGAGCCGUGGCAGAGACCCGGAAGGUGCCCGGCGCCAAGUCUGGCCGGCCCGUUGAUGGAGCGGGGAGCGCCUCCCUGCCGCAUGCCCCCGACUCGCUGGCGCUGACUUUCAGCCGCGACGCGGCCAGCGGCACGCUGAGCCGCGCUGGGGGCCUGAGGAUCUUGCUGGGCUCCGCGGCCAUCGGCGCCAUCGCCGGGGGCCUGACUUUGACGAACCUCCCGGUGGUGAGCACCUUCAGCGUGCCGAUCGGCGCCGCGGCGGGCGUGUGGUGCGCACAGCUCCCGGAUGAUGGCACCAUGCUGGGGAAGGCCGGGGACAUCUGCAGGUCCUUAGGCCAUGCCGCCACCAUCUUCUUCAAGGAGUUUCAGAGUGAUUACAGGAAGCAGAAGUAG